UGAGAAGUGUGGUCCCCUGCGUGUACUGGUGCAACAAGAGACAUGAUGUAUUAACAGAGGUGAUAGUACUACUAUUAACAUUCCGUUUAAAUAGGGAUUAUAUGCUUUAGUACAGUCCCUGGUUUAAACCAGCUGCUCGCCGACCCCCGUCACCACUUCUGAGUGGUCCACUCUUGAUCAGUUCCAAUGCAUAUCCCAAAAAUGCCUGCACAGUCGAAUACAUUCAGAGGCAUACGGUCUUCCAAAUUUCGACAUGUAUAUGGCAAAGGUUCCAGAAAGGAGAGCUGCUAUGAGAAUGUCCUCAUCACCCAGAAGGCCCAUGAUACAGCAGCUUGUGCUGCCAACCCCAAGUUUGUUGCCAUUGCAGUGGAAGUGGCUGGUGGCGGGGCUUUCAUUGUGCUUCCCUUGGACAAGACUGGCCGCAUAGAUGUGAACACCCCAAAAGUAACAGGUCAUGCCGGACCAGUUUUGGAUCUCAAAUGGUGCCCCUUCAAUGAUAACCUUAUUGCUUCGGGUGCUGAUGAUUGCACUAUCAAGUUAUGGCAUAUUCCUGAUGGUGGGCUAAAAGUUAAUGUUACAGAACCAUUGGCUGAUCUGCAGGGUCACCAGAGACGUGUGUCUAUAGUGGAAUGGCAUCCAACAGCUGAGAAUGUUUUGUUUUCUGGAGGUUAUGAUUACCAGAUACUUGUUUGGGACACUAGACGAGCUGCUCUUAUGCAAACAAUUGACCUUCACUCAGAUGUAAUUUAUAGUCUCUCCCUAAACCGCGAUGGCUCACGACUAGCUACAACUAGCAGGGAUAAACGUCUGCGAAUUAUUGACCCUCGUUCUGGCAAGCUUUUGCAGGAAGGUGUAUGUCAUGAAGGUUCUAAGGCUUGCAAAGCAGUCUAUUGUGGAGACACUGGGCUAGUGUUCACCACUGGGUUCAGCCGUUUCAGUGACCGGCAGUAUGGAGUAUGGGACGAAAAAAGCUUGAACACACCUCUUCGACUGGAUACCAUUGAUUCAUCUUCAGGUGUCCUGACACCGUUUUAUGAUCAUGAUACAAGAGUUGUUUUUGUUGCUGGAAAGGGUGAUGGCAAUAUCCGUUAUUAUGAAAUCACUGAUAGUCCUCCUUACUGCCACUUUCUCAGUCAGUACAUAUCAGGGGAACCUCAGCGUGGCUUUGGGGUGAUGCCUAAAAGAGGGUGCAAAGUGUCACAGUGUGAAAUAUUUCGCUUCUACAAGCUGUAUGCUACCAAAGCCAUCUGUGAACCUAUCUCCAUGAUCGUACCCAGGAAGAGCGAUCAGUUCCAGCCAGACUUGUACCCUGACACGGCUUCCCCCACGCCAGCACUAACAGCAGAGGAGUGGUUCUCUGGCACUACGAAAGGACCAGUUUUAAUGUCAAUGAAGACAGGCAUGACAAUCAAGACACAUAGGCCACUACCUCUACGAGCAACUGAAUCCUCCUCUGACAAAAAUGCAGACAAGAAAUAUGCUUUUCUUUCAAUGGAGACACGUGCAGACUACCGCCCUUUGGAGGUGGGUGUGAAGACUUCCAGUAGCACUGACAAAGACCUCAAGACAUCCACAAACUUGGAUACCAAGUUUCAGGCACUUCAGAAGCUCUGGGGCUGUAAUGUUAAAAACAUGGGUGAUAACAAGGAGCAGUGUUCCACCAGCAGCAGUGGAAUUGAGUGUGAGAAAAUGUCAACAAAAAAUACAAUUAAUAAAAUGAAUAUCAAGACAGGUGAUUCACCCAAUAAGUUGGCAAACUUCAGUAUGCAAGAAAAGGAGAUUGAAAUAUUGGAUAAACCUUCUCCAAAGACUGAGUCUGAGUUUUUAUGUUUUCAGCUACGUAGAGCAUACACUGCCCAGUGUGAAGAACUCAAGCUUCUUAGACGUCAACUUAUCAUCAAAGAUCGACAAAUUCAUGAGCUUGAAGACCAGCUUAACAAAUUUAAAGUCCCUAACAAAUAGAUCUCGUUUAACUAGGACAUUUUGUUAAGCUCAACGAUCACUACUAUAGCUACAUAAGCCUGAGGGUCUUCUAUAAUUUAAAUAGCUUGAAUUUUUACUUAGUUUUGGGUGCUUAGCAAUUGAUGUUAUUCUUUAUGAAGUUUUUUAAUAAUCUUAAUAUCACAUACUUGAUAUUUACAAUGAUAGCAUGCGUCUAAAUGUCGUACUAGAUUUUAUUAUUCAAGAUGUGAAUAUCUAUUUUCUUUAAUCUUCAGACAAAACUAAGAAACACUUAGACAUAACUAUGGAGAAGGUAAGAAACUUCAACCAGAAGAAAUGGUCUCAAGUAUAUUUGUAAACGUGGAUCUCUUUGGUCACUUGUAAUAUGGCUGUAUAUGAAGUAAAUAUGUUACCCCUUUUUUAAGAGUAACUAAUAUUUCAGUAUCUGUAUUAUCAAAAACUUUGAAAAUAAUUAGACCCUGGUUAAGGGACUGUUUGAUUCCAUACAUACAAAGAUACAUAUUUUGUAUAAAUAUACAUGCACAAAUUAAUUGUGGGGACUAUGACAUGUUUACAAUAAUAUAACAAUUUCAGUAAACAAUUAUGAAUUGUCUUGCCAGAUGGUGGUAACACAAGAUACAUGUAGGUGACAUCCAGGUAGCCAUUGUGCAAUAUGCAAAGUUGUGAUAGGAUAACAUGACCAACUGUUGAUUACUACUGCCUUCACAUCUCUCAAGGCUCCUAUGGAGUGUUUAAAGUUGAAUAUCUCACAUGAUGUGUUACGGUAAUGACUGAUAAGCACAUUAGUCUUAUAAAUUAAGAAAUUUCAAUUUAACAUUUUAAAUUUGAUCUUUGAGGCUCUUUAGAGCUUGAUGUGUCAGUUUUAGCAUUUCAUUGGGAUAAGACUUUACACAUAUAUCUUACUCUUGAUUGCCUUGCUGCUACAAUUUUAAUCUAUGCUAUGCACUUUUGCACAUGAAGAUGAAUUCAUUUGUGCUUGAUAGUAUUGUAUGUGUGUCUAUGUAACCCUGCAAGGAAUCAUGGAAAAAAUCUGCAGUUUGAACUGUGACAAAGACCUGGUAGUUCAUAUUGUUUUGACCCAUUUGUAGCUGUGGUGAAUGCCAGGAAACAUAAUAGGUAAUGCUAUUAUUGAGAUGUUUUCAUGAUUCCUCUGUUAAUAAUUAAAGGUGAAUGGUUAGGAAAAUGGGAGAAUGUUGCCUCCAGUAUACCCUUAUUUUAGGUGUAUUAGUUUGAUGACAUUAGUAGUAUUGCUGUCUGGUUAUUAAUUAGUUGUCUAUAUUUUCAGUAGACAUUAUAUGAUGAUCACGUGCCUCGUAUUGAAUACCAAAUUAGAAACUUUGUAAUGUUAACAAUAUUUGUUAAACAAGUGAUGAAAUAUGUACUUUAUUAUUGUCAGCUCACAAUGAUCUGCAGUUAUCCUCUUACCAGGAUAGCUUUUGCUACCUAUGAAAGCAUUAUCCUAGAAUGAAAGGAUUGUCUUUCCCAUGGAUUAUUAAUAUCUUGAACUUAUAUUUCUGCUUAAGUCACACUGGGACUUGCUCUUAUCAUUAAAUAUUAUUAUUUUUUGUGUAUAUCAUUCUUUAGCAAUCUUUUUUUUUUUUAACUUAGCUGAUUAUGGCUUUUUCAUUUAACUUGAUUGAGAGAAUAGAUGAACUACUUGUUUUAUUUUACAACCAAACCAGCAUUCAUAAUUCCCCAUAUAGUACUGUAGGCAAAGUGUUGAGCUUUCAGGACUUGGAGAUGUGAAGAUGGUUGGUUACUGUAAUGCCUAGUAAACAUUUUGUGUCAGCCACAACACUGAACAAGACAAAAAAAAAACAUUUCAUAGGUAUAUUUUCAUUAUUUUAACAAAUAUUUGUUGUCUUUUCAUUUGUGUUUUCAAUACGGGUUAGCCUUGAAGAAGAAACGUACAGAAGGUUGUGCAUAAUUUGCUAUGCUUUAACCACUGUUGCUGUAACUGGCAACAGUCUAGAGGGAAACAUGUAAUGAAUGAGUAGAUAGAACAGAUCUUUUAGGUCAUGUUACUCAAUAUUCAAACAAUAUUUUUUGGAACAUUGACCUGGAUCUUAUAAGUGAUAUUUAUAUUUGUGACUACAAUGAUUUUGAAUAUUUUAGUUCAAAAGUAUUUUUGAAUACUUUAAUUCUUGUGAUUGGCAGUCAAAAGCAAUUGUGAUAACAGAAAAGCUUGUGCACUGUUUAAUUAAUAAUUUAGCUGGAGGAUUCUUUAAAAUGUAUAAUUCCAGUAUGCAUUCCAGUUUUACUUUGUGUUCAAAGCUGUAAUGUGCCAGUGACCAUAAUUUUUUCCACUGCCAAAAAUUUUAUGCAUGUGAUAAGCAUCAUCACCAAAGAAGUAAAAUUUCCAUACUUCCCUAAUAAUUUUGUGUAACAUAAUAGGAACAGGAAUCUGUCCCUGUUGCUGAGCAUCAUUCCAUAGGCUCAUUUUUUCAUUUAUGGAAAGUGAGCCUCAGUAGAAUGUUGCUUGAAGGUGAACAGUCCUGAUUAAGUCACUUGUGCCCUAAUAUUAUAUAGCAAAUAAACAGGCUUAUUGAUACAGUAUUUGUAGUAUCCCCUGAAUGGUAAUUUUGCCAGUGUAGUAUUAGUAAAUAAAUAUUAAUAUAAAUGAUGUGUAGUAAAGCUAUUUUUAUUUUUUAUAUUCUUAAAUUAUAGUUUGUUUUAGUUAGUACGCUUAUUCAUAAUCAUGUGUAGAUAUCAUCCCGUCUUACUCUUACACAGAUCUUGGGUUUUCUUGGAGUUUGGAAGCUUAUGAUUUUUUUAUAUGGUUUAUAGUUAUUAUUUUACAAUCUUAGGUUUAUAUUUUUGUGAAACCUUUGCAAGUUUUGUUAGGUCUUGCUCUCUGAGGAUUCUUGAUGUUCCAUAAGGGAAUAUUCAAGAUAGACAAGGGUUUCUUGAAUUUUUGGACAUUUUUUAAUUUUUUUACUUGCCAGUUAACUUUCCCUAAAGUCAUUCUGUUAGGAUGUGACAAUCUCUGGGAUUGGAGUCAGGAGUGUGGAUUAUACUAUUUAUCUGACCCAAGUUACAUUUCAAGAUCUCAGAAAUUAGCACAUGAGGCUACUGAAUUUGGAUAAUAGGGUUCAAUAACUGUUACACCAACACAGAAGUGAUGCUUCCAUCUGCUAUCUUAGUUGUUUUGUUUUUAGUUUUAAAAUGAUUUGUCAGUAUAUCAGGUUGCAACAUCUCUUUGAAUAUAUUUUAAUGGUAAAAUGGUAUAAUUGUUUGUAAAUGGGUAAAAAGGAAAUUAGUUUUCAAGCUAUUUAAAUUUAUUUUCAAAUCUUGUAUUUACUCUUGACAUAUGUACUGUGUAUAUAUACUGUUAAGACUGCUACUAUGUAUUAUCAGAAUUCACAAUUGUGGUUACAUAAUGCCAGUGGCUAUAGAGUACUGUGCAACAAAGUCAUUGUUGAAGCUCUAUUCUUUAUUAAUUGAUGUUUGUUGUAACAAAUCAACAAGGAAGAUAUUUGACAACAAUAUGAUGCACUGACAUUUGUUAAAUAAUGUGUUACUAAUUAAGAGUAAAUCUGACCAAUUAAAGGAAAUUUUUAACUUCCUUCUUUUUACAAGAGUAGUUGCCAGUUUUUAAUUCCUAAAGUUAAAAGGAAUAACUAGUAUUUUUAUUUUCUUAUAUUAAGUUGUUAAAUAUACUUUCUAGGGUAAACAUUUACUUAACCCAAAUAAAUAAAAUGUGAUAUGUGCAAAAGAUUUGCAGUGUUCAUUUAUAAUGAAAUAAUUGUGUUUAAAAAGGUAAAUUGUUAAGUUAGAGAAUGAAUGUUAUAUUAUAACAAGUCAUGGGCAGCUUUUGUGUCGUCAGAACUAUGUUUUCAGGUUAAUCAUUUUAGAUUGUAAUGUUUUCUGGCAAAAUAUCUUAAUUGAGCUUUAAACUCAUCUUGAAAUAACAUAUUUAAGAUGCUUUAGAGAUUGUAACAAGACCAAGUUAAGAUAUAUCAAUGGGUAUUUAAUUCAGUUAAAAACCGUAUGAAGAAAUAUGGUCCAGAGGCAAACUGAGACCUAAUGCUUGGUUUGUUACCUUCAUGAUUGAUUGUAUUAUAAACUGAGAUAAAGCUUUGUUACACUGUCCUCCUUAUGUGCAACAAAAAUAAAUGGUUGUAUUGAAA